AUGAAGUCCAUUCUCACCAUCGCGUCCCUGGUCGCACUCGGAUCACUUGCUGUGCUUAGCAGCAACCACAAUAACGUCGUUAAUGCCUCCCCUGUCACAAAUCUCGAGAAGAGACAACAAAAAACCAUUGCAGAAAGGUGGUGCGAUGCCUUCGCGGACGGCUGUACACUCGCCUCGAGAGAAGUCUGUGGUGGCAAUAAUAUAAGUCACCAUGUCUGCGACGUAUCCUUUAUAAACAACGCCUGCUCACAGUACACAGUCAGCUGUACUUGCACCCCUACAGGCGGCUCAGAGAUGAGUGCGGCCGAGCUUGCACUCCGAAGGACCUUCGCCGCCACGAACGGUGCAUGCAGUUCUCUCCCUGCCGGCCCUGUUUCUACUUCUCCUACACCAUCUUCGUCUUCCUCCGCCGUUGCUGUGCCGACCUCACCAUCAUCAUCCGCAUCUCCUCCUGCAAGCACGUCAGCGCCUACUUCAGUCGCGACCUCUCCAAGUGGCAAGAAUGGUGCCUUCAAGUCCAGGAUGUCUUUGUCUGCUGUUGCCUUCACGGCUACCAUCUCGUUGGGCCUCUUCUGUAUGUGA